UACCUACUUACCUAAACCCAAGCAUUUUCGCAACAUAAACGUUGAAGGCAAAAUAAUUUCUACACAAUUUCAAAAAUUGAAUUAGGGUUAGGGUUUUUCGGCAAGUUUCUGAAAUUGAAUUUAGAUGACUGAUUACAACAAUCAACCGGAAAGUAUGAGUGGCGAUCAUGCUAAAUCUUCACCUCGAAGAAGUUCUGAUGAUCGAAGCUCCCGUCACAAGCAUAAGUCGCGGGAUCUAGACUAUGAGAUGCCGAGGUCAAGAGAACGGGAGCAUCACCGAGAACGGGAUAGGAGAAACGACCGUGAUGAUCAUCGUAGGGAUUAUAGAGAUAGAAAUGGAAGGGAUGAAAGAAGAAGAGAUUAUGGGGGCCGUGAGGCCCGUGAUUAUGACAGGUCAUAUGAUAGAGAGAAGAGGCAUAGAGGUAGAUCACGUUCUCGCUCACCAUCUCAAUCAAAGAGUAAGCGUACAAGUGGCUUUGACAUGGCACCGCCUGCAAGCAACUUAAUGUCCAGUGCUCCAGUACAAGAUCAAUUACCAGGUAUGCCUCAGCCAAUGUCAGCGCUAUCGCAGAAUAUGUUUGCUGGAGGGUCAGCUCAGUUGGGGUCCCUCCCUUUGAUGCCAGCACAAUUUAUGACUCAACAGGCUACUAGGCAUGCUCGCCGAGUCUAUGUUGGUGGGCUUCCUCCUUCAGCUAAUGAGCAGACAAUAGCCACCUUCUUCAGCCAAGUUAUGACAGCAAUUGGUGGAAAUGCUGCUGGGCCUGGUGAUGCAGUUGUCAAUGUGUACAUCAAUCAUGAAAAAAAGUUUGCUUUUGUAGAAAUGAGAUCUGUUGAAGAAGCAUCCAAUGCAAUGGCAUUGGAUGGGAUUUCGUUUGAGGGGGUUUCUGUGAGAGUGAAGAGACCUACCGAUUAUAAUCCAGCAUUAGCUGCAGCCCUUGGCCCAAGUUUGCCAAGCCCCCAUCUAAAUCUGGCUGCUGUCGGCCUUGUGCCAGGUGCUGUAGCUGGAACAGAAGGACCUGACCGUAUUUUUGUUGGUGGAAUACCUUACUAUUUUAAUGAAGAUCAGAUGCGAGAGUUACUGCAGUCAUUUGGACCUCUGAAAGCAUUUGACCUUGUGAAGGAUAGAGACACAGGGAAUUCAAAAGGCUAUGGUUUUUGUGUUUAUCAGGAUUCGGCAGUGACAGAUAUUGCAUGUGAUGCCCUCAACGGCUUAAAAAUGGGUGAUAAAACUUUAACUGUAAGAAGGGCUGCUGUCAGCACUGGGCAAGCAAAAUUAGAGCAUGAAAAUCUUUUGGCUCAUGCGCAGCAACAUGUAGCCAUGCAGAAAAUGGCUAUAGAAGCUAGUGGUUUCAAUCUUCUUGGAGUCACAUUACCUAAUAUGGGGACCACAGAAAGUCCUACAAAAAUUCUUUGCUUGAAUCAGGUGGUAACUGUUGACGAACUGAGAGAUGAUAAUGAGUAUGAGGAAAUUUUAGAAGAUAUGCGGGAUGAAUGUGGUAAAUUUGGGGACUUGACAAACAUUGUUAUUCCUCGACCUGAUAUGGAGGGGAAACUGAUUCCUGGUGUUGGGAAGGUGUUCUUGGAGUAUGCUGAUACUUCCGCCUGUGCUAGUGCAAAAAACAUGCUUGGAGGAAGAAAAUUUGGUGGCAACACUGUAACUGCUGAUUACUAUCCAGAAGACAAAUUCUACGGUGCCGAUUAUAGCGGGUGAAAGGUUUUAAAGGUGAUUGUAGCUUGUAAAAUGGAUGUACAGGCACGUUACUUUUAUUUUCAUUUUUACCUUUCUUAUUGGCGCUUUCAAGUGUUUCAACGGUAAGAGUAUAUACCUUUCAUUUGUUGGAUAAUUGGCUACUUAGUGUUAGAGACACUUGUGCUUUAUGAAUCUCAGUUACAUGAUUUUACCCAAGAGUAUUACCCUGUUGUAUGGAUCGUCAUGGAACUUUUAAUUAAUGUAAUUCAUGUUAAUUUGGUGAUAUAA